CCAUCAUAAUUAACUGCGCAUACUUUUUCCACCGUUAAUGUAAUGACACCACCCCACUCUCAGAACCGCCUAAUCUUUGUAUUCCUCAUUUCACUUCCAUCAUCAUCAUCAUUACUAUUUAUUCUCUGUCACCUUCUCUCUACUUUGUCACUUUUCUUUCUUUCUUAUUCACAACACACACACACAGUACUCUCUUUCUCUCUGCAAUGGAAGAAGGGAAGAAAGCCAACAAUGGCCUUCUCUUCCUAUUCUUGGCCCUCUUCUUCUCUAUCUCCACUGCUACAACUACAACUACAACUGACCCAUUUCAAUUCCAAACCCAAACUUUUGUUGUCCAAUCUCUCCCCCAAAAACCCAUCCUCUCAUGGCCCGAAUCCGAAGUUCUCGACCCGGAAACUCUCUCACUUCAACUACAUCACAUAGAUGCUCUCUCCUCCAACAAAACCACAGAGGAGCUCUUCCACCUCAGGCUGCAGAGAGAUGCAGCCAGAGUCGAAGCCUUCACUUCCAUAGCAACCAAAGUCAGAGCUCUCAAUCAGACCCGUGUGUCCAAAUCCGGGUCGGAUUUCAGCAGCUCCAUCAUAUCGGGUCUAGCUCAAGGUAGCGGCGAGUACUUCACGCGCUUGGGCGUGGGCACGCCUGCGAAGUACGUGUACAUGAUUCUGGAUACGGGAAGCGACAUCGUUUGGCUCCAAUGUGCUCCAUGCCGAAAAUGCUACUCCCAAACCGACCCAGUUUUCGACCCGGCCAAAUCUCGGACCUUUGCCGGAAUCCCAUGUGGGGCCCCACUCUGCCGGCGACUGGACUCUCACGGUUGCAACAAGAAGAAGCUCUGCCAGUACCAGGUUUCCUAUGGUGACGGUUCGUUCACGUUCGGCGAUUUCUCCACCGAAACGCUGACGUUUCGAAAGACAAGGGUGAAGCGCGUGGCGUUCGGAUGCGGCCACGACAAUGAAGGCCUAUUCGUUGGCGCUGCUGGUCUGUUAGGUCUCGGCCGCGGGGGGUUAUCGUUUCCGGUUCAAACCGGUCGCCGGUUCAACCAGAAAUUCUCCUAUUGUCUCGUGGACCGGUCCGCUUCGGCCAAGCCUUCGUCUUUGAUUUUUGGCGAUUCGGCCGUUUCUCGAACCGCACGGUUCACUCCGCUGCUAAAAAACCCUAAGCUCGACACUUUCUAUUACGUGGAACUCCUCGGUUUCAGCGUCGGUGGCGCACCGGUUCGCGGCGUCUCCGCCUCGCUCUUCCGGCUUGACCCCGCCGGGAACGGUGGCGUGAUCGUCGACUCGGGUACGUCCGUGACCCGACUGACUCGACCUGCAUACAUCGCACUGAGAGACGCUUUUCGGGUCGGAGCUUCGCAUCUUAAGCGGGCGCCUGAGUUCUCACUUUUCGAUACGUGCUUCGACUUGUCGGGGCUGACGACGGUGAAGGUGCCGACGGUGGUGCUGCACUUCAGGAAUGCUGACGUGUCGCUUCCGGCGACGAACUACUUGAUUCAGGUGGAUCCCAGCGGGAGCUUCUGCUUCGCUUUCGCCGGAACAAUGAGCGGUUUGUCUAUAAUUGGCAACAUCCAGCAGCAAGGGUUCCGGGUCGUCUUUGACCUGGCAGGUUCACGGGUCGGGUUUGCCCCGAAUGGUUGCGCGUGAAUCUUAGGAAUAACUCUUUCCUAUGCUUUAUUAAUUAUUAACUAUUAUUGUCUUCUUUUCUUUUUUGUGUGUGUAUUUUAUGUUUUAAAAAUUAGAUUAGAAGAGGAAAAUGAGAUCUUAAUCUUUCUGGAUCUGAGGAGGGGAACUAUGAGAUUGAGAUAUAAACAAAAUGAGAAUGUUUCUGGAUUUUAUCGUUCAGUUGUCGUUUGUCGGUGAGUUUCUUGUUUUCUAUUUAAAUACCACAACUACUGCUCCAAUCCCAUUGCAAG